GGGCCCGGAGGCGCCUCGCUGCCCGGCCGCUGCCUCAUCCGCAGGGUCCGCCUCAGCCCCGGGACAGGCACGGAGACAUCUCCCUGCAGCGGGGACAAGACAGCCGCGGGCGAAUCUGUCGCAGAAGCAGACUUGAAGCGGUUGCCCGAGUUCAACCCCCCUUCUUUCAUGCCUUACGGGAACGUGGGCACCCCCCUGAAAGUUUUUCUGGAGCUGAUCCGGGCCUGCAGGCUGCCUCCCCGGAUUAUCAAGAAAUUGCAGCUGGAUUUCCCAAAGACAGGCUCAUCCCGUAGGUAUGGGAAUGUGCCUUUUGAAUACCAGGACACUGAGACGGUUAUAGAAGAAGAAAGAGUCUACACUGCUACGGGGGAUGAGAUCACAGGGGAAGAGGGGCCUGUGGCAAGAUCCGAGGUGACUCACCCAGCCAGUGCUGAGGAAGAUGAGAAGGGGCAGGAGAAGGAGGAUGAGGAGUCGCACUCGGAUGACGACAACGAUACCUGCGAGGAGUGGGAGCGACACGAGGCUCUGCACGAGGACGUGACCAAGCAGGACCGCGUGGAGGAGCGGCUCUUUGAAGAGGAGAUCGAGUUGAAGUGGGAGAAGGGCGGCUCUGGCCUCGUCUUCUACACGGAUGCCCAGUACUGGCAGGAGAAGAAUGGAGACUUUGAUGAGCAGACUGCGGAUGACUGGGAUGUGGACAUGAGCAUCUACUAUGACAAAGACGGAGGUGAUAAGGAUGCUCGGGAUUCAGUCCAGAUGUGGCUGGAACAGCGGCUCCGGGAUGGCUUGGAGGAUGGGUCUGUUUCAGGGCAACAGAUUGGCACCUUCGAGAGAUACACCAAGGGCUUUGGCAGGAAGGUGCUGGAGAAGCAGGGCUGGACGGAGGGGCUGGGGCUGGGCACCAGCAACACUGGAAUGGCCGAAGCUCUGGAUAACGAGGGUCAGAACCCCAGAUGCAAGAGGGGGCUGGGGUACCAUGGGGAGAAACUGCCAACUUUCAGCAAGGUGAAAAAGCCCCGACGGGACGGUCCCAUCCUCAUCUCGACCAUCUAUGAUGACCCUGACCCAAAGGACAGCGGUGACCAGCUGCUCAGGCGCCAGCCACCCACUGCCAUGAAGUACAGGCAGGACAUGGCAUUUGUCCGGGCGUCACACAGUGCUCUGGAGAGCUUCAGUGCCCAGUCACGCUGAGCAGAGACUGUCACAGAGCCUUUGUACUGGUCUUGCUCCUGUCGAGCACAGGCUGGCUCCUGGUCUCGGGUUUGGAGCAGGGGGUUCAUAUUAUUUAUUUUUGGAAGAAAUAUAUAGACUUGUAACAAAUUGUCUCAGUGGGUUUUUUCCCCUAGUUGAGCCAUUUAAAUGAGGGGAAAUAGUGCUGGUCCUGUUUGUUAAGUAGGAAUGGGGAAGGGUGUUGCAUUUCUGACAGGCGGUUUAAAGCCGAUACUACUGCCUGGAUCAACCAAGCUUGUGUGCUAGGUCAGCCUAAAAAACCAGAACUCAUAGUUCAUGGCUGCCUGAGACCCAGGGAAGGACAAGUACAGACAGGGCCAAGUGUGGCACGGUAACUGUCCUGGAGAAAGCUCGCUGCUGGCCCGCAGCUUCGCGUUGCUUGGGCGUGACGAUCCCACACUCCCGGGAGAAACUCAUCGGGAUGAAAGACUCGACUUGGCAGCCUCCGGAGGAAUUCUGCGGGAGGCGUUUCCCUGCGGUUGGGCAUAGCGGGUGCUUCCUUCCACCGUCUCUCCGAUGUGCUCUGCCCCGUUUUCCUGACGCAGGCACUCUUUUCUGGGAGAGGGAGAGCCUUUGUCCCAGUAACCCCAGUACUGGAGGGUUAAAUGUGAAUGGGUGAACGCGCUUGCUGGCAGGCUCCAGCAUCUUCCUUCAGGCUAUGGCUGUGUCGGGAGGGGAUGUAGGGGGUAAUUUCCCCUUGGAGGCAGAG